ACGACUUUCAUGUCCAAACUUUCUGUGUGGGUGCACGACAACGCCCAUAGCAUUUAGUGAGUUUACGGCAUGCUGCGAUUGCGCAGACUCUGAAACCAUCGAGGGCGGACUGACGUAGUGGAAACGUGUACCAAUUUAGCUCUGUACAACCCCUUUCAAGUUUGGCGCCAUUGCCACGAUGGGAUGAGGAGACCGAGGGAAAUAGUGCAUUGAUUCGGUCGGAAGACAACAGUUUGUUCAAACUUGAACAAAUGAUUUGAGCAAGUCUUCAAGCUUCAAGCUUCAAGGUGUGUCGGUAAUAUUCUGGCUCCCAGCCCGUAAUACGCAACUGCAAAGAUCAUCAUCUGACAGCGACCGGUGGUCCGCAGAACUCUCCGUUCACUGCGCAUAGUACGUAUUGUAGAUCAAAGAGAAAAUUUGCCAAGGUUCGAGGAAAUCACGGUCAUCUAUCCAUCACGGAUCGGCUGAAGCUGACUUGUGUGAAGGCCGACUAAAGACUCAGUAUAAAGCUGUCGUCUCCGGAUGAACUGAUUGCUUCCUCAACAUGCGCUCUAUACCACCAGGAAUACCUGCCCUUCUUCGCAGCCUUCUUAUCCUGGCGAUUCCUAUCACAACAGUGUUGGGAAUCGCUCGCGUUCUCUCGCUAUCAGGAUAUACGGUACCGACUUGGGUUAUUAUCGUCGUUCAGCUAAUUAGUAUCCCUACAUAUGUGGCUGCACGGAUAUGGUUCGGCCUUUGGCGUAUUAGGAGGAACGCUGCUCGCUCAGGCGGAGUCAUGCCGCCUCGCUGGAGAGGCAAAGGAAUAGGAGAUAUUAGCCUUACGGUCGAGCUCAUGGGACUAUGGAAGAGAGGAUACAUCAGCGAUGGUUUCACGGAGGCCAUCUCGAGACUUGGCCAGACCAUCGACAUUCAGGUUCUUUGGGAGCACUCUAUCGUCACGACGGAUGUGAAUAUAAUCAAGACCAUACUUGCAACUGAUUUCAACAACUGGGUGAAAGGUGGACAUUUUGAAAUUGUGAAUAUGACCAUGUUUGACUGUUUCACAGGAGAAGAGUUCCAGCAUUCUAUGUAUUCAGUCUUGGGUACAGGCGUGUUCAAUUCGGAUGGGGACAUGUGGAAGUUCCAUCGUUCAAUGACCAGGCCCUUCUUUAGCAGGGACAGGAUCAGCCAUUUCGAUCUCUUCGAUAGGCAUGCCGAGGUGACGAUCAACAAAAUUAAGGAACGUAUGAAGAUGGGAGAAGCUAUCGACUUCCAGGAUCUUAUAUCGCGUUUCACUCUCGACUCUGCGACCGAAUUCCUUUUUGGCUCAUGCGUCCAUAGCCUACAAUCCUAUCUGCCUUAUCCCUCAACCUCCUCAUCCCCAUUCAAAUCGACCAGCAAUGAGCUCUCCAGGCCUGAAGCCUUUGCGAAGGCCUUCCAGAAAGCGCAAGAAGUCAUCGCUUCGAGAAGUCGCAUUGGACCGACAUGGCGUUUUCUCGAAAUCCUCUCGGACAAGACUGCAAAGCCCAUGCACGUUGUUGACGAUUUCCUCGACCCGAUUCUCAGGGCCGCUUUAAAGAAGAAAGCAAAUCAGGACGCCGGUUUCGAGAAGAAAAGGGGCCUGGAAGUUGAGGAGGAUGAGACGCUCUUGGACCAUCUCGUCAGGUUCACCGCAGAUCCGGUCGUACUUCACGACGAAAUCCUCAACAUCAUGAUUGCGGGACGUGACACAACCGCUGGAACCUUAACUUUCUUGGUUUAUCUCCUCAGUCAACACCCUCAAGCGCUCCAACGGCUUCGUCGAGAAAUCCUGAGUGUCGUUGGGCCUACACGGCGACCCACGUAUGAUGACAUCCGGGAGAUGAAGUUCCUCAGAGCUGUCAUUAACGAGACCCUUCGGCUAUUUCCCUCAGUUCCGUGGAACGUUCGGUACCCUGUUCAAGAUAUUCUGCUGCCCAAUGCCUCCGACCCCACUAAACCUUGGUUCAUCCCCAAGAUGACACCGGUGGCGUAUUCCGUAUUUUUGAUGCACCGCAAUACCGAUUACUGGGGCCCUGAUGCCGAAGAAUUCGACCCCGAUCGGUUCCUCGACGAACGUCUUCACAAGUAUCUUACUCCAAAUCCCUUCAUUUUCCUUCCCUUCAAUGCCGGACCUCGUAUCUGUCUUGGACAGCAGUUCGCUUAUAAUGAAAUGUCGUUCUUCAUGGUCCGAUUUUUGCAAAACUUCUCCGAUAUUUCUUUCAACCCUUCGGCUCAGGAUCCAUCGACGAGGCCUCCUGCGCAAUGGGCGAAACUCCCUGGACGCAAAGGUAAGGAUAAGGUAUUCCCCAAGGCGCAUUUGACACUCUAUGUCAAUGGCGGCUUGUGGCUUAAUAUGGAAGAGGCAGAAGCUUCUGAAUCGGUUUGAGGCUCAUAUUCAUGGACGUUUUCUCGAAUGAAACCAGUUUCUUCUCGUGUACUAUAGCUCUGAAUGACAUGUACUAGUAGGCCCUGCGAUCAAUCUAUGCAGACAUAUCAACAUAGAAGUCAAUCGGAAGGCUUGCCAUCUACCGCUUUAACACUAACAGCAACAUAAUCAAAUUGGUUUGUCGGC